AUGGUAGCUCCAAGCCAGAUCUUCCGGAGCGCCACCGCAGCCAGCACCACCGUCAAAUCAUGGUCCAGCACGCUUAAGCUGCCCAAGUCGGCGUUCCCGCCGCGCCCGUCGCCGUCGCCGGAUCUGCUACGCCAGUGCACCGACGACCUCUACGCCUGGCAGCAGUCGCCCGAACGCAAGACGACCGGCUCCUUCGUCUUCCACGAUGGCCCGCCCUACGCCAAUGGCAGCCUGCACAUCGGACACGCCCUGAACAAGGUCCUGAAGGACCUCAUCUGCCGCUUCCAGGUCGCGCAGGGCAAGCGCGUGCAGUACAUUCCCGGCUGGGACUGCCAUGGCUUGCCCAUUGAGGUCAAGGCCCUGCAGGCCCUGGGCAAUCCCGAUCGCGACAAUCUGAGCCCGGUCGAGGUGCGCGCCGCCGCCCGCCGCUUGGCCGAGCGCACCGUCGAGGAGCAGAAGGAAGGCUUCAGGAAAUGGGCUAUUAUGGGCGACUGGGAUAAUGCAUACAAGACAAUGGAGAAGGGCUUCGAGACGCGCCAGCUGGGCGUCUUCAAGGAAAUGGUCGAAAAGGGCCUCAUCUACCGUCAGUUCAAACCCGUCUAUUGGUCACCCUCGUCCGGAACCGCUCUCGCUGAGGCUGAGCUCGAGUACGAUGAUAACCACCGUUCUACCACCGCGUACGUCAGUUUCCCCAUCACCAAGCUCCCCGCGAGCUUGGCCGGCCGUGUCGAUAUCACAAAACUUGGUGCUCUGAUUUGGACUACAACGCCCUGGACGCUGCCUGCUAACAGGGCAAUUGCGGUGCACUCGGAUAUGGAAUACUCUGUGGUGGAAAUGUCUCGGCCUACUGCUACCGGCGAUCGGCCCAGUCAGUUUCUCAUCGGCAAGGCGCGCUUCGAUGCUCUCCAGCAAACCCUGAAGACCGAGUUCAAGGUGCUUGUGGAUGCAAUCCCAGGCUCUGAGCUGGCCGGCCAGGUAGAGUAUGCGAAUCCGUUGGAACCCGAUCAAUUGAGUGCCCAGCCCAUCAUACAUGCCGAUUUCGUGUCCGACGCUUCUGGUUCUGGUCUUGUUCAUUUGGCUCCUGGUCACGGUAUGGACGACUACAAUGUUUGCAGGUCUAUUGGCAUUGAUGCUUUUGCCCCCGUCGAUGACAAGGGUUGCUUCACUAAAGAGGCUCUACCCGGUCAAGCCUUCCUCAUCGCCGGUCUUCCCGUUCAGGGCGAGGGCUCCAAGGCCAUUCUCGAGCUACUCAAGGCGAUGCCAAGGGAUCCUUUGAUUGCCGUCGAGGAUAUCACCCACAAGUAUCCUAUCGACUGGCGGACCAAGAAACCCGUCAUCAUCCGUGCUACCGAGCAAUGGUUUGCCGAUGUCGAAGGCAUCAAGGACGGUGCUCUUGAGGCUCUUGAGGACGUCGAGUUCCACCCGAAGUCCGGAAAAGCCCGUCUGGAGAGCUUUGUCCGCGGUCGCAGCCAAUGGUGCGUGUCACGUCAACGUGCUUGGGGUGUCCCCAUUCCAGCAUUGUACGAGAAAACCGAAAAUGGCACCCUCAAGGCACACAUGACCGGAAGCUCCAUCGAGCACAUCAUGAAGGUCAUCGAACAACGCGGCAUCGACGCUUGGUGGACCGAUGCUGAGGACGAACCCGCCUGGAUCCCCGAAGGCCUCGACAACGGCUCUUUCAUCCGCGGCAAGGACACCAUGGACGUCUGGUUCGACAGCGGCACCGCGUGGACUCUGCUCGAACCCCGACCGGGCCAGCCCGUCGCCGAAGUCUUCCUCGAAGGAACCGACCAGCACCGCGGCUGGUUCCAGUCCUCGCUGCUGACGCACAUCGCGCACCAGAGCGUGAAGAACAGCACCUCACAUGCCAAGAUGCUGGCCCCGUUCAAGACGCUGAUCACGCACGGCUUCACGCUCGACCAGGACGGCCGCAAGAUGAGCAAGUCGCUCGGCAACACCAUCUCGCCCGAGCAAAUCAUGGACGGCUCCCUCCUCCCGCCGCUGAAGUUCAAAAAGAAGAAGCAAAAGGGAGAGAACAACAACAACCAAGGCAAAGAAAUAUUCGACGCCAUGGGCCCCGACGCGCUCCGCCUGUGGGUCGCCAGCAGCGACUACACAAAGGACGUCGUCAUCGGCCAGCCCGUCCUCGCCGCCGUCAACCAGGCCCUGCACAAGUACCGCGUCACCUUCAAAUGGCUGCUCGGCGUCCUGGCCGACUUCGACCCGUCAGCCCCCCCAACACCAAUAUCUGCGGGGCAACAAACGACCGUCCCCAACCGCUGGACCCUCAUCGACGCCAUCGCCCUCCACCAGCUCUCGCGCACUUCUUCCGCCGUCCACGCCGCCUACGCCGCGCACGACUUCCACCGCGGCACCGCGCAGCUGGCCCGCUACACGGCGCUCGACCUGUCGGCGUUUUAUUUCGAGACGCUGAAGGAUCGCGUGUAUGCGGGGACAGAGGCGGAUCGCCGGGGCGCGCAGGUGGUGCUGCAUCGUGUCUUUCAGGAGUUGUUGGAUAUGUUGGCGCCGGUUUGUCCGUUGUUGGUGGGGGAGGUUUGGGGGUAUGUGCCGGAGAAGAUUAGGGAGGAGGCGGCGGCGGGGGAAAGGCCGGGGUGGAGGGUGUGGAGGCCGUUUGUGGUGGAGACGGCAGAGGGGGUGAACGGGGAGGGGGAGGUGGAGAGGGCGGUGGAGGUGUUGGGGAGGGCGGGGGAUGCGGUUAAGGCGGCGCAGGAGGAGGCGAGGAAGGAGAAGUUGAUGGGGGGUGGGUUGGAGUGCGAGGUCGUGCUGAGGCUUCCGCCUGGUGUUGCUGCUGCUGAGGGCGGCGCGCUCGUGCCUGGGAUGGUGGGGGAGGAUUUGGCGGCUGUGUUUGUGGUUAGUGGGGUGGAGAUUGUGAGUGGCGAUGAUGCUGCUGGUGAGGUAGAGGUGAAGAAGGCGGAAGAGGGGGGUGAGCAGCAAUGGGUUUUCAGGGCGCCGUUCGAGCUGCCUGGUGUUUCUGGCCAGGCUGUUGCGGAGGUGCGGCCUGCGAGGAAGCCGAAGUGUCCGAGGUGCUGGCGGUAUGUUGCGCCUAGCCCGGACGUCCUGUGUGGGAGGUGUGAGGAUGUGGUGAAGGCGUCGGAGUGA